GCACUCAGUUGUCGAGUUAAACACACGUAAAAUGGCUUCAAAGUUCGUCGUUCUUGCUCUCUUGGUAGCGGCUGCUCAAGGCAGUGCCGUCCACGGUGGUGACUACAACAGCUUCUCCUAUGGAGUUUCUGAUCCUCACACCGGUGAUGUGAAGAGCCAGCACGAAACCCGUGUCGGUGACAACGUCGUCGGCCAGUACUCUCUCUUGGAGUCCGACGGCACUCGCCGCACCGUCGACUACGCCGCUGACGCGCACUCCGGUUUCAACGCCGUCGUCCGCAAGGACCCAGCCGUCAUUGCCCACGCCGCUCCCGUCGUCUACUCCGCUCCCGCUGUCUACGCCGCUCCCAUCGCCCACGCCGCUCGCGCUGUCUACUCCGCUCCCAUCGCCACCUCCUACGCCGCUCCCGCUGUGGUCUCUUCUCCUUUGGCGUACGCUGCCCGCGUCGCUCCCGUAGCCUACGGCUCCUAUGCCUCUCCCCUCGCCUACAAGGCGUACGCCGCCGCUCCUCUUGCCCACGGUUACGCCUACGGUGCCCACGGUCUCGGUUACGCCGGACGUCUCUACUAGUUUAACUAACCCGAUUACUGAGAUCUUCGUUAACAAGAAAUGGUAAAAUAUAUAAUGUGAUACAAUUUGUAAAUAUUUUUACCAAAGUCAUUAAAAACUGUUAUUUAUGUAAUA